UUUUAGUUUCACAAACAAGAACUUUGUUCCUUCCUGUUUUUAGUCCUCUCCUCCAUCUUUUCUCUAUAUCUCCCAAACAAGUGCAACAAUAACACAACAACUUUUCACUCUUGAAUGCACCAUUCUUCUAUAUCUAAUAACUAACUCACCCUUUCACUAACCAUCACAUUCUAUUUCGCGCCUUUUCCAAAUCGCCAGCAAAAUGGUGUUAUCAGCUUCGCCAAAUUCUCUAACCAGAAGCUCAUUAGAAGAAAUGUUAGAUUCGCUUCGUCGAAAAGACGAAGAAGAAAAUGACAAAAACAAAGAAUUGCCGCCUGCUUUGCCAUCUCGCCCAGCCUCCAAGGCACGGCUGCCUCCCGCGAGGCGGUCGUUGCCGAAUAAUUUCAAAGUUGGGAGUGUAAUGAAUGACAAUGUGGAAAGUAAGAGAAAGGAAAUAUCAAUAUUAACAUCAACGUCGAGAAGAGAGAGUAUGAGUAGUUUUGGAAGGAAGAGAGUGAAGAAAGAUGCUUCUGUGGAGUCACCUUAUGCGAAAUUGGAUUGUGAUACUCUUUCUUAUUUCAUCAAAAUGAAACUUCGUGUUUGGUGUAGGCAACCAAGAGGACAAUGGGAGCUAGGGUCAAUACAAUCAACGUCAGGAGAAGAAGCAUCUGUUUUAUUUUCAAGUGGAAAAGUGCUGAAAGUGGCUAGAUCAGAACUCGUACCAGCUAAUCCUGACAUUUUAGAGGUUGCAGACGACCUUAUUAAACUGGCUUAUUUGAAUGAGCCAUCGGUUCUUCACAAUCUUAGGUUUAGAUAUUCUCGGGAGAUGAUUUAUAGUAAAGCAGGGCCGGUUUUAAUUGCACUCAAUCCUUUCAAAGAUCUCCAGAUGUAUGGAAAUGAUUAUGUUUCCACUUAUAGGCAGCGACUUGUUGAUAGUCCUCAUGUUUAUGGUAUUGCAGAAGCAGCUUAUAACCAGAUGAUGAGAGAUGAAGUAAAUCAGUCCAUUAUAAUAAGCGGUGAGAGUGGAUCUGGGAAGACAGAGACAGCUAAAAUUGCUAUGCAAUACUUAGCUGCUCUUGGCAGCGGCAGUUUUGGGAGAGCAAAUGAUGUUCUUCAGACAAAUUGUAUACUAGAAGCUUUUGGGAAUGCAAAAACAUCUGUGAAUGACAACUCUAGCAGAUUUGGAAAGUUUAUUGAAAUUCAUUUCAGUGCAACGGGUAAAAUAUGUGGGGCUAACAUUCAAACCUAUUUGUUGGAAAAGUCAAGAGUUGUUCAAUUGGCCAGUGGUGAGAGGUCGUAUCACGUAUUUUAUCAACUUUGUGCUGGAUCUCCAUCUAGUCUUAAAGAGAGACUAAAUCUUAAAGCAGCCUGUGAAUAUAAAUAUCUAAAUCAAAGUGACUGCAUGACAAUUGGUGGUAUUGAUGAUGCUAAAAACUUUCAUCAGUUGAUGAAAGCAUUUGAUGCUGUUCGAAUUUUUAAAGAGGACCAAGAGAUGAUCUUUAAGAUGCUUGCUACAAUACUAUGGCUGGGAAAUAUAUCAUUCAAAGUUACUGACAGUGAAAAUCACAUCGAGGUUGUGGGUGAUGAAGCUAUAACCAGUGCUGCCCUGCUGAUGGAUUGCAGUUCCCAGGAUUUAAUGUCAGCAUUAUCUAGCCAGAAAAUCCAAUCUGACCAGGAUAUUGUUUCCAAAAGUUUGACAUUAUUGCAGGCAAUUGAAACAAGAGAUGCAAUUGCCAAAUUUAUUUAUUCAAGCUUAUUUGAAUGGCUUGUACAACAAGUAAACAAGUCGCUUGAAGUGGGUGAAAACCAUACUGAGAAAUCCAUUAGUAUCCUUGAUAUUUGUGGGUUUCAGUCAUUCCAGAAGAACAGCUUUGAACAGUUUUGUAUAAAUUAUGCCAAUGAGAGGCUUCAACAACAUUUUUAUCGGCAUCUGUUUAAACUUGAGCAGGAGGACUGUGAAUCAGACGGCAUAGAUUGUACAGUGUUAGAUUUUGAGGACAACCAAGAGUGCUUGGAUCUAUUUGAGAAGAAACCUCUCAGUCUACUAUCUUUGUUGGAUGAGGAAUCAAAUUUCCCUGAGGCUUCUGAUUUAACAUUUGCCAACAAACUUAAGAAUCUCCUGGAUGCUAAUCAUUGCUUCAAAGAGGAAAGUGGCAGAGCUUUCAGUGUUCGUCACUAUGCAGGGGAGGUUUUGUAUGAUACAAAUGGCUUUCUAGAAAAGAACAGAGAUACAUUGUCUUCUAAUUCCAUUCAACUCCUUUCGUCAAGUAAUUGUGAACUGCUGAAGUUAUUCUCCGAAGUGUUUAACCAGUCUGAGGAGCAUGGAAAUUCCACUUUCCAUGUUGGUGCAGCAUACUCACAGAAGAUAGGUAUUGGGACAAAGUUCAAGGAUCAAUUGUUCAAGUUGAUGCAUCAGUUGGAGAGCACGACUCCUCACUUUAUUCGCUGCAUAAAGCCAAACACUAAGAAGCUUCCAGGAAUUUAUGACAACGAACUUGUCCUACAACAGCUCAGAUGUUGUGGACUUCUAGAAGCUGUUAGAAUUUCAAGGGCUGGGUAUCCUACUCGAAUUAAACAUCAAGAUUUUUCCAGAAGGUACGGGAUUCUGCUUUCUGAGACUGAUGUACCUCAGGAUCCGUUGACCACCACAGUCGCAGUUUUGCAAAAAUUUAAUAUCCCUUCUGAAAUGUACCAAGUUGGCUACACAAAACUGUAUCUUCGAGCAGGGCAGAUUGGUGCACUGGAGGAUAAGAGAAAACAUUUUUUGCAAGCAACUGUUGGGAUUCAAAAAUGCUUCCGUGGUCAUCAAGUCCGGAGUUAUUUCUGUGAACUUAAGAAUGGAGUGACAACAUUACAAUCAUUUAUUCGUGGAGAAGUUACAAGAAGGAAACAUGGUGUUUUGACGAAAUCUUCCAUAACAGUUUAUUCUAAAAAAAUUGAGGAGAUUCAUGCAAUCAUAUUACUUCAAUCUGUGAUUCGUGGGUGGAAGGUUCGUAGGGAUUCUAGUAAUAUCAAUAAAUUAAGGAAAUAUCAUGAAAAUGCACAACCUAGACGGAAGUCUCGUGUUAAGAUGCCAGAAGUUAAGCAGGAUUUGUCCAACGAGCUGGUUCAAAAUAGGCCUUCAGCUUUAGCAGAACUCCAAAAACGGGUGUACAGGGCUGAAGCAAUUAUUGAGCAAAAGGAAGACGAAAAUACCGAAUUGAAGGAAAAGUUAAAACAAUCUGAAAGAAAAAGGAUUGAAUAUGAAGCAAAGAUGAAGUCAAUGGAGGAUGCAUGGCAAAAGCAGAUGGCAUCCUUGCAAACGAGUCUUGCUGCUGCUAGAAAGAGCCUUGCUUCAGAGAAUGGCACUGUUCAACCUGUAAGACAUGAUCUUGUGUCACCUCGUUACUAUGAUUCUGAAGAUGCUACUUUAUUGGGAUCUCAAACCACUAAUGGGAGCACACAUAUGAAGCUUUCUGGUAGUUUUUCGGUGUCUGAUGCAGGGAGGCAGGCUAAUGGUACUUUGACUACAGUGAGCAAUCUGAUGAAGGAAUUUGAGCAGCGAAGACAAACCUUUAAUGAUGAAGUUAAAGCUUUGAAUGAGGUUAAACCAGGGCAGUCCGGCAACACAAAUUCUGCUGAUGAACUUCGGAAACUUAAGCAAAGAUUUGAGGGAUGGAAGAAACAAUACAAGGUCAGAUUACGAGAAACAAAAGCAAGGAUUUCAGAAAAUGAAAAAAGCCGACGGACAUGGUGGGGCGGGAAAUUAAGCUCAAGAGCAUAAUAGCAUCCAGUUUUCAAGAAGUCUUUUUGCUGAAGUACAUAAAUGUUGAAGAAUCAGCAAAAAAAUGGCAAUAUAAUUGUAGUCAUGAACUAUGAUCUUUUGAAAAGUUUCUUUCUUUAUUAUCUCACGAUGUUGCUUGGACACUUGAUAAAAGUGUUCAUCAUUGUGCUACCUGGUGAAGGGAAAGUUGUAUUUGUAUAUCUAGCAUUUUUGUUACAUGGUCGAAAUAAUAGAGGUCAUGCAAAGCUGUAGUCUGUAGAUUUAUAGCAUAGUUAUAUUGAUUGGUCUAGUCUGCUUCUGUAUAUUCUUUUUUCCUUUAUUUGGUCGUGUCAUGCAUAUUGCGGCCGACCUAAAAGAAUUUUAUGCACUAGUGUUAAUAUCUUCAAUGUAAGGGAAAAAUAUUCCAGCUGUUUUGUUAUGUCUAUGAGCAGUUUUCUCGUGGCACAA